UGUUCUUGGAAAUAUCAAACUCUCCUACGGGGCGCAGGAUACCGGUGGGCUUGUUCAGAAAGAAAAAAGACGUGAUGAGUGGCAAGCCAUAGUUUGGCGGAACCGUUUCCGAUGUCAACGGUAACAGCUAGCCCAUGUCGACCAAUCGACCCGAUCUCUUUCUAAUUCAAGGGCUGUAUGUAUACCAUCCUCGUGAUGCGGCGUGCGGGUCCCUAUAAAAACCUGACGGAGUGCAAUUUCCAUCUUCAAGCCAAUCAUGUUGCGCAUUCUCUGUACCCUCCCUUUUCUUGCGGUGGCUAUUGCUACACCGAUUGGGUUGAGCGCCGAUCUGGCUGCUCUGGACCAAAUCUCCCUCACGAUCACCGCUCUCGGAGUCUCCAUCGCCGCUCUCCCGAGCUCUGGGCCGGCAAACUCAGCCCAGCUCGCUCUUUUCCAGACCAGCAUGAACAAUCUUCGGAGUGCGGUUGAUAACGCCGGGGCAGUGAUGCUUGCAAACCCGCCCCAGAGGGAUGAUGAAUGCGGCGUCACGCUCCCCCCGAUUCAGGAGGUGUUCCCUGACAGAUUUGUUGCUGCCUUCCAAGGUGCAACUAUCAAAGCGGACACCUAA